AUGGGUUCUUGCGCUACAAGCCGAGGACCGUUCCGGGGAAAAGUUGCCAUAGUCACAGGAGGAUCAAGAGGCAUUGGGGCAGCUGUUGUGAGAAGCCUGGCAGCCCGAGGCGCGGACGUCUGUUUCAACUAUACAUCGGAGUCGUCCAUCACCAAGAGCGAGACCCUGGUGGCCGAGAUACAGGCAGAGUACGGCACGAGGGCUGUUUGCGUUCGAGCCGAUCUUGGACAACCAGACGCUGGGGAUAAAAUCGUCGAAGCCGCCAGAAGGUCUCUCACCCGGCCAGAGGCUGGUCGGUUCCAAAUCGACAUUGUCGUCAACAACGCGGGAGUCUGUCCGGCGGAUCUCCUGCCGGAUAUCACCACAAAGAGCUUCUAUGAUUCCUAUGCCAUCAAUGUCCUUGGACCUAUCCUCGUUAUGCAGGCGGUUCUACCAUACCUGCCCCAUGACCGAUCCGGGCGGGUCAUCAACAUCUCUUCCAUCUCGGCCACCAUCGGCACUCUCGGACACACUGUCUACGGAGGCACGAAAGCCGCACUCGACGCCAUGACGAGAACGUGGUCGCGUGAACUGGCCGAGCGAGCGACCGUCAACGCCCUCAACGUGGGCCCCGUGCUGACCGACAUGCAACCGGUCCCGUACGUGGCGGAAAAGGUGGCCCUCAUGAACACGAUGACACCGCUGGGGCCCAUCCGCGACACGGACACUGACGAGAUGAAGGCCAUUGCAAAGUCAUUCAAUGGUCGCGUUGCCUAUGAUUACGAGAUUGGGGACGCUGUGGCCCUGCACUGUAUGCCCGAGGCGCGAUGGACGACAGGCAUGAUCAUCGGCGUGAAUGGUGGGUUUGACUUUAUCCGGUGA